AUGUCUACCAAAGGGUCCAGUCACCGCACUUUCAGCUCAAGCCCCGAACACGAAGAUACUUGCUCGGAUACUUCCUCAGCACCUUCUCCGUUUACUCGCGUUCCUCAAUCUGACUCCUCGGAUGAAGCGUCCGGACCAAACCUCCAUCCUCAUCUCCCUUCUGACGAUCCGAAGCUUACGUCUGAAGCACCUGUGUCCUCCCUCUACUUGGACCUCAAAUUUUCCACCGUGGGCGAACUCUAUUCCCGCCUGACUUACUUCCCUUUGCACGAAUUGCGAAGUUGGUUCACCUCUUACUCUUGGACACCUGAGGGACCUCGCAAUGCUAAAUCAUCUUAUCUGACCCCUCUCACCAAUCUUUUCAUUCAUCACCUACGAGAUCUAGAGUGCAUGGAUAUUCGUGACUUGGUUUUGCGCCUCAGACAUUCCAGUGUUCCACUCGCGUCCAACCUUGACGGGUUGAUUUACCAAAAUCUUCAACUUGCCUUCCCACCUACCCUCCUCUCUCGCCUUUUGUACGUUUCUCGUUUGAAUGAACUGCACAAUCAGCGAGCACAGCGACAAGAGGACCGUAAUCUGUCCUGCAAUGAACUCAUAGCAGAACGUCAACACAUCAUCAAUGAUUGGCCACAGCUUAUUCCUCAGGACACCAUCCUACAGUGCUGUUCGGACUAUGCUGCUGCGACCAACAUCAAG